UUUGAGCACCAAGUGGAUAAUAUCAUCUCUUAGACAAAGGAAGGGAGAAUCGGAUUCCUAGCAGCGUCGGUCCUCGUCCCUUUUUCUUGAGUUUUGACGUGGCCUAUCUGAGAGCCUAGGCUCUGUAGCAGGUAGAGUGGGGUGGCUUGGGUAUGCGCGGUGGAUGGGAAGUAAAAUCCCACGCUAAGAGGAAAGAGAGAGAAGAAAAAUACAGUGUGCCAUGCACUUAGAUUCAUCAGCCAAACAUGCUUGUGUAUUAUCUACUAAUUUAUUAGAACUUCUCUUCGACCAUUCAUCAAACACUUGCUGACCAUCCAAGGUAACCAACGGACGAUACUAUCCCAUCAACCGGACGUCUUCAGAGCUGAGACAUUCUUAUCCAAGAAGGGACCCAAUUCGGUCGGACGAAGGCUUUUCUUUCUUGCCGUCCCUCCGGCUCCGAUUCUUAAACCGCCGGAGAUCGCACCCUUUUCGCUGCUUCCUCUUUCCUUUCUUUCCUUUGGCGAUCCACUUGCAACCGGAGCCGGAGAUUUCCGGUGAUGAAGGAUGUGAGUGGUUCUUUUCGAUUCCGGGAGGUCGGAAAGCUUUUCAUUGGAUGGAGGGCGGAGAGGAAUCCCACAAGGACUACUACAAAGUUCUAGAGGUUGACUAUGAUGCAACAGAUGAGGCUAUAAGAUUGAAUUAUCGAAGACUUGCACUAAAGUGGCACCCUGACAAGCACAAAGGCAAUAGUUCUGUUACAGCAAAGUUUCAGGAGAUAAACGAGGCGUACAAGGUACUAAGUGAUCCAGCUAAGCGACUUGAGUAUGAUAUAUCUGGCACCUAUGAGAUCAAUAGAUACACUUUAAGAGAAUAUCUUACCAGGUUCAAAGGAAUGAUACUCACCUGCAAUGGUCUUGGUAUCAAUCAUUGUCCAUUUUGGUCCCAACAGCUGAUGAUGGAAUCUGAAUCAACUGAUCAGUAGAACAGUUUGUUUUUUUCUCCUUUUCUUUUAUAUUGGAAUAUUGGCCCUUCUGGGUGUCACAUGAUGUUGAUUUAUUUCAGUUCCUUUGAGGUUAUCACCUCAGACUGUCCUUUGCUGGUCCGAUACUUUGUCCAGUAUUACUUUUGUAAAUGACAAGGAAUUGCCCAUACAGAAGGUAAUAUAUUGAUGUUACUUUGGACC